GGGGAACAAAAAUGUUCGUACAGACACACUGCUCAGCAGUGCCUGGUCACACUCAAAAACAGGAAAAUGGCGAACGAUACGAACAAGCUGCUGCUGUCUUCGCAGCAGGAAAAACCCAACCACUACACCUACCUGAAGGAGUUCCGCGUGGAGCAGUGCCAGUCCUUCCUGCAGCACAAAUGCAAUCAGCAUCGGCCCUUCGUCUGCUUCAAUUGGCACUUUCAGAACCAGCGGCGUCGUCGCCCAGUGAGAAAACGCGAUGGCACCUUCAACUACAGCGCCGACAAUUACUGCACCAAAUAUGACGAGACCACAGGCAUCUGUCCCGAGGGAGACGAAUGCCCCUUCCUCCACCGCACCGCCGGGGACACUGAGCGACGCUACCAUUUGCGCUACUACAAGACAUGCAUGUGCGUGCACGACACCGACAGCCGGGGCUACUGCGUCAAGAACGGACUACACUGCGCCUUCGCCCAUGGCAUGCAGGACCAGCGCCCACCGGUCUACGACAUCAAAGAGCUGGAGACCCUGCAAAAUGCCGAGAUCACGCUGGACAGCACCAACGCGCUGAACGCCCUGGACAAGGAGCGCAACUUGAUGAACGAGGAUCCCAAGUGGCAGGACACCAACUACGUCCUGGCCAACUACAAGACGGAGCCGUGCAAGCGCCCACCGCGCCUCUGCCGCCAGGGAUACGCCUGUCCGCAGUACCACAACAGCAAGGACAAACGCCGCUCGCCGAGGAAGUACAAGUACAGGUCCACGCCUUGUCCCAAUGUCAAGCACGGCGAGGAGUGGGGUGAGCCGGGCAACUGCGAGGCCGGCGACAACUGUCAGUACUGUCACACUCGCACCGAGCAGCAGUUCCAUCCGGAGAUUUACAAGUCGACCAAGUGCAACGACGUCCAGCAGGCCGGCUACUGCCCGCGCAGCGUCUUCUGCGCCUUUGCCCACGUGGAACCUUGUAUUAUGGCCGAGGAGAAGAUGCGGGAUCACGAGCUAACCCUGUGCGAGCUCAUUUCCAAUGCCUUGCCCGACUUACAGGCCCAGGAUGUGCUCCACCUGGGCGACAAUUCAUUGAACAUUGGUGGUAAUAGUACCAAUAAAAUGUUGGUAGAUGCUUUGGAAAACACGACAAAUUCCAGCAAAUUUUUAAAUUUCUCACGACCCCUGGACAGUCGUUCUUGCUCACUGGACGAUCCGCGCGAGAACUCAUUGUCGGCGAGUCUGGCCAAUACUAGCUUAUUAACACGUUCCUCGGCGCCAAUUAACAUUCCUAAUACGACUCUAAGUAACUCAAUUAACGAUUUCAACUCAGGUGGAUUCGCCGUCAACAUUCCCAGCAGCUCGCUCACCUACAGUCCCACCAAUCUCUUCAAUGUGGACGCAUUCAACUAUGGCGGCUCUAAUAAGCUCAGCAACUCUCUCUCGGCCACCCAAAACGAUAGCAGCCUCUUCUUUCCGUCUCGGAUCAUCUCGCCCGGCUUCGGCGACGGCUUGUCUAUCAGCCCUUCCGUAAGGAUAUCCGAGUUGAACACCAUUCGCGACGACAUCAACAGCAGCUCGGUGGGCAACAGCCUCUUCGAGAACACUCUUAAUACGGCCAAGAACGCGUUCAGCUUGCAGUCGCUGCAAUCGCAGAAUAAUAGUGAUCUCGGGCGCAUUACCAACGAGCUGCUCACGAAGAACGCUCAGAUCCAUAAGCUUAAUGGGCGCUAUGAGGAUAUGGCGUGUAAGCUUAAGAUCGCGGAGCUGCAUCGCGACAAGGCCAAGCAGGAGGCCCUAGAGUGGAAAGAGCGGUAUGAUCUGGCCCAGAUACAACUGAACCUCCCGGCGGAGCUGCGGGACUUGUCCAUACAGAAACUGAAGCAGUUGCAGUCGAAGCUGCGCACUGACUUGGAAGAGGUCGACAAAGUAUUAUAUUUAGAGAACGCCAAGAAGUGUAUGAAGUGUGAGGAGAACAAUCGCACAGUCACACUGGAGCCGUGCAACCAUCUGUCCAUCUGCAAUACUUGCGCUGGCUCGGUCACCGAGUGCCCCUACUGUCAGGUGCCGGUGAUCACCACCCAUACCUAGAACAUGUUCUAUCAGCAACAGGACCACAAGUGGCCCUUUGGCUGAAGAUCGGAUGUGAAUGGGGAUGCGGAUGCAGAUACCAAUGGGAAUCGUCAUGACAAUGUGUGUGACAGACACACAAAGCAAACUUUAGUCAUAGGGAAAACGUUGAAAAUUUUGAUUCGAUGAUCUGGUAGGAGUAGCCACAUACAAGUGGACGUGGUAAAGCAUAUAUUAUUUGUAUUUCCACUGUAUGCAAAUUAUGCAAAUUAUCGUCAUGAAUAUUAGCAAUUUCUAGGCACAAACUAUUAAUUGAAUUAGCUAGCUGCUCUAAAAUCUAAGUUAAACAAUUUUAUUUUUGUUUGAGUUUGUAUUUUAUUUUAUCAUUAUUAUUUUUUUUUUCAAAAACGACUACAGGAACUCUUGAAAAAGAUUUACAUUUUAUAUUUGUGUACUGUUAUGCAACACAACUCAACUCUCUUUUAAUUUUGUUUGAUAAUUUCAGUGUUUAGGCAUACUUAUUUUUGUUUAUUUCUAUCAACUCUGCACGAAUUUGCAAUAUCUCAUUUAUUUUUUACACGCACGUAUACUUUGUGUAACUUAAUUCGAAAUAUGCUACACUUUCAGUCAUAUUGUACUUUUCACUAGUAUUACUUAAGGAAUUAUGAGAACUAAACAACCGCUGUUACGAUAUGUAAUGGGUUGAAGGAUUAUGAUAAAUAUAUAAAUAUAUAUUAAUUUUUCUAGACACUUUUAGCAAUUGACUAUUAACAAAUUUAUAGAAACCAACAAAUUGAUCAUGUUAAUAAUCUUUAACAAAGUAUUGUCGCAUACAAGAGCAACAAGCAACCACAAACAAACAAACCAACAAAAACCACCAGUGAUUUUGUAUAAGCCGAUUUUCAAACUGUAUUUUAUAUGUCUGUGUUUCAAACUUGUGAAAAUAACCAAUAACUAAAAGCCAAGACAAGCGUCAUAAACUCUAUGUAACUGACAGGUCAUAACUAAUCAUAAUUUACACUUAGCUUUCUUUUCUUACAUGUUUCUUUUCUUUUUUUUUUAACUGCACAAAAGUUAUUAUAGGUGUAAAAUGGAUUUAUAACUAAUUGCGACAACGCUUUUCCUUAUUGAAAUGUUCAGUUUACUUUACGAAAACCAAGUUUAAUGGAUUAAGACACUUUGCUUUUAUUUUUGGGCGUUUUGGCGGUCUACAAACCAAUGCCAAUACUCCCAACCCAAAAAAAAAAAAAGAUUUACAAACUCACGUAUAUACUCCACUAGGUUACUUUGUGAUUUAUAUAGUGCUUUAAGUACUUACUUUGCAGCUGACUUCAGUUUUCAUUUUACUUUCAUAGUCUCAAAUAGACGCUUCCAAUGUAGUAAAAGCAAAUAAAAAUGGUCAAUGUCGGAACGUAAUAUUUAAGAUACAUAAAAUCAAGCAUUUUGCUGAUGAUGAUGGUACAAGAACGAAUAUGAAUAGAUAUAUAUUUAUGGAGCAUUUGAACGCAGACUCGAUGAGUGAUGUGUAGGAGGCAAAAAACAAUAAAAGUAACUCGAUACAGCGAAAUGAAUAGAGUUUAAUCAGAAGUGUUAGCCAGCGUUAAUGUGAAACCGUCUUCAAAAAUUGAUGUAUUUUUUUGCGUAAAAAUAAAGUUAUAAUAAAAAUAAUAAUAAACCGCUAUUGAAAGCUGUGGACAAUGUUGAAUAAGAAACAGAGACGUAUUGUUAGCUAGUUGAGUUGAAUGGAUUAAAACUAAAAUCAAAACUGGACUGUUUUGGGAAUGAAUUGAAAAUGCAACGUAACAUGCAUAGGCAUUUAUUGAGAACAAAAGCAAAACUGUAAGGAUAUACACAACAAAAUAUAUAUAUAUAUACGAACCCUAUAUACAAAAAGAAACUUCAAAUAUUAACAAAAAUUAUGUAUUACAAAGCUAACAAGCAAGGGCAGCGCAAAGGCUUUUAUCUCUGUGUGUGUUUGUACUGUGUUUUGUAGAAGCCAAACGUCAAGAAAUACAAAAUAAUAAACAUAACAAUAAUCAAAUGUGUGUUAAAUAAUAAAUGCUUUAAUAGUUUAUGACAAAGAUGUACACAAAAAAUUUAAUAACAUAAACAAGUAAAAAUCACGAAAACCAAAAAUAAUGAUGAAAAGAGACAAAUUGGUUUUAUAAUGGAGCUGUUGAGUCGCUAAUUCUAGAGCGUGUGCCAAUCCAAGGAACACGCAAACAUCUCCCAGAACACAAUCGACCUUCAUCGACUGGGCACUAAUUUAAAGGAUAACUCUUUAGGAACACUUACACGAAAUCUAUCAAUUUCCGGAUAAUCCGACCUCAAUCCAAAUCCAAAGCAAUUUUACAACAUGUCAAGGAAUCCAUUUCACGCCCGUCUCAGCUGAGAACCAGAAUCAGAACCCAGAUCGAGAAAUAUAUGUCAGUAUAUACAUAUAUAUUUAUAGAUGACACAUGUAUUUUGUAUACGCUACUGUAAGAGUGAUUUUUAUGUGAUUUUGAAACUACUUGAAUAUGUGAUCCAGAAAUAUAUAUAAAAAAAAAAAAAAAAAAAAAAAAAACCAAACAAAAAUAAAAAUACAAGUAUUUAUAUAUGAAUGCAAUCUCGCGACAGCAAUAAAACAAAUCAAAUUGUAAACCAACUUGACUUUAUGUACAACAAAAUGACAACAAGAAAUAUUAAACAAAUGUUGUAAAGCUCCAGCUCCAUUUAGAAAACAAGCGGCGAAGAGAACUUGAAUAAUUAAACGAGUUAAAAGUUAAUUGAAGACGGACAACACACAUAGAAUAUAUACAUUUUAAAGGAAUUGUCAUACACGUAGACCACAAACAACCACAAAACAAUCGCAAUGAAGAGAACAACAAACUAAAUGUCUAAAAUAUCAAAAGAAUUAGUAGCUAGCUUUUAGGGUCUCUUAACGAAAAUUAAAACUAAAUGACAAGAACGAGAAUUCACAAAAGAGCAACAUAAGCAAUGGCAAUUACUUCUCUGUAGUUCUAGAACAAUAUACAAAUUGUUUCAACUAGCUAAUAAACAAUUAACGAACAAAUUGUAGUAAACGUAACUAAAGGUUUGACACGAAUAGUUAACCGAAGGGAUAAACAACAACAACAACAACAACUCUGAACACCGAACAGGAAUUUUAAUGAUGAAAUCGCGGAGACCGAGCAACUUGCAACCGAAAGUACUGUCUUGUAUUUUAAAGAUGUCUACACAAAAAUAUAAAAAAAUAGAUUUAUGCAACUUUAUGCGAACCAAGCCCACACAGAGACACUCACAAUAAGGAGGACAGGAUAGAAACUAAGUGGAAUCAACUUGAAACCAAUAUGAAUGAAAUUAUUUUUUUCUAGAAUACUACAAAUGUGUGUCAAGACCUAAAUGAAAUAAGAACAAUUUGAAACUUUUACUAGAGAUAAACGCUGAACUAGAUUCGAAGCAAUUCGACAGCCCUACAUAAGUUAACUGAUACACCUAGCCUAGGCUAUAUGACAAAUAUAUGAAUGUACCAUUUAUGGCUAAUAGAAUAUCUAUGAAAAUUUUUACCAAUGUUUUGCGGUUCGAGUCUUGACUUAAUCUCCCCUGCGUUGCGAUCAGUAAAUAUGUAUUUCCUUUUGUUUGUAUACCUUGGCUUUUAUUUUUAUGGCGUCCGCGGAAUGAUAUUAAUACGAAUGCACUGAUAUUGGUCAGAUGUCAUAAAGCUCUCUCGACUUAUAACGUUUCUUAUCGGGGAUUAAUUGCCGCGGAAAUGCGGCCAUAGCUGUUUAUUUUUAUCACUUCACCUUAUAACAACCUUCCCCUGAAAUUAUAAAAAUUAAAUACCCAAACGACCCUUAUACGCUUCCAUAAUUUUGUUUUCAACAUUUUAGUAGUCUCGCUUUGUUUUCUCUCCCCCUCGACCGGCUAAUGUUGUAUGUUAUUGCUAAAGUUAUUAACUAAAGCUAAUAAAUGUGCUUAGAGAGAAAGACAGAACCAGCAAAUUUGUGUUGCCAUUCAAGAGCAGCAAACAAUAGACUCCGACUCAAAGAUACCCUUCCACAUUGUAGACAAUGCAACCUUAACAAAUCAAUUAUUUAACUAGUUAUGCCCACAGCGGAUAUGAAUACAAAUAUUUGAAUAUUUAUAUAUAUAUAGCAUAUUACGUAUGAUAGCAUUAUCAAAAUAUUAUCAAGCAAAUUGUGUAGCAAUUUAGUUAUGUAUUUCCGAAUCGAGAAUGUUUGUCCAAGGUGACCACAAAAGCAACAAAUGCAUCUGCCUCAAUCCGAAUGUACACACCUCAGUAUAUGUAUGUAUUUACGAUCGAUCCUAUAUGUUGGCAAUAAUCGAACCGAUAUAGCGGAAGAUGAGGGCGAGGCAGCCACUGAUGGAGUUUGUAUAUUGGCGUUUGCUAAGGAGAGUUACUACAUUGAAGUACUAUGUAAACUAUGCAAUUAACAAAUUGAUAAAUACAAAUUACUAUUUAAAAGAAAGAUUAAUAAAACCAUGUUUAAAGCAA